AUGAACCGCUUCAAAUUGGACUUGGGCAAGUUCAAGAUUGACCUCAAGCUCCUUGGGGAUAUUGUUGUGCUUGCAGGGGCUGGACUUUCCGUGUACUACUUGCUAAACAGCAUUCUCAACGACUACGUUGAUCUGGGAGUCAAGAACAAAGACUCGGACAAAAAGGGCAAAACCAUCUUGAAAAAGCUCCAAGCUAGCAACCCACACCUCAAGGACCUCUCCUUGAACCAGUAUGAAAGGCUGCUCUUGAACUCGUUGGUGACACCCGAAGAAAUCUCGGUUCUGUUUGAGGACGUGGGUGGGCUCCAAGACAUCAUCGACGAGUUGCGCGAAACGGUGAUUCUUCCGUUGACGGAACCGGAGCUCUUUGCGGCACAUCUGAGCUUGAUACAGUCGCCCAAGGGAGUUUUGUUCCACGGCCCUCCAGGGUGUGGUAAGACCAUGUUGGCCAAGGCAAUCGCAAAGGAGAGUGGAGCGUUCUUUUUGCUGAUCCGAAUGUCCACCAUCAUGGACAAGUGGUACGGCGAGUCCAACAAGAUUACAGAUGCUAUCUUUUCGUUGGCCAACAAGUUGCAGCCAUGCAUUAUAUUUAUUGACGAGAUUGACUCGUUUUUGAGGGACAGAUCGUCCAAUGACCACGAAGUCAGUGCCAUGUUGAAGGCCGAAUUCAUGACUCUCUGGGAUGGUCUCAAGGCCAAUGGACGUAUUGUGGUCAUGGGAGCUACUAACAGAAAGAACGACAUCGACGAGGCGUUCCUCCGUCGUUUGCCUAAGUCUAUUGCUGUGCGCAAGCCAGAUGCAAGACAAAGAGCAUCCAUUCUCUCCAAGAUUUUAAAGGAGACCAAGGUGGAUGACUACGACUUCGACAUGGACUACAUCGUGGCCCAUACCCUGGGGUUCAGUGGAUCCGAUCUCAGAGAAAUGUGUCGGGAGGCCGCCAUCCUUCCAGUGAGGGAGUAUAUUCGCGAGAACUACAACUACUCCAGCGGGAAGCUUGAGAGCGGCGAGAAGAUGCCAGUACGGGCGUUGAGAACCUCGGACUUCAUCAAGGACGCUGUGCCACCAGCAUCCCAUAUCGACUGA